AUGAACUUCGAGACGAAUUACCAUACACCAAAGCUCGUUCUAGUAGAUAAACAAUACAAAGCUGUUUGUCAAAUUGGUGAUAUGGGAACAUUCAGCGAUAGGUUUUUAUUAGCAUUCAUAGAACCGCAUCCAAAAUGGGGAAACCAAUUCAUGACCAAACACUUUCAGUUCGUUGAUGUUAAUACAGUCAGAUGGGGCUAUGAGAAUCGUGUCUUUAACUUGGAGAUUAUUGAAGAUACAGAUGGAUUAGUUGAGAAAUAUGGUGGUAAGUUCCCGGUGAGAUUCAUCUUCCAGUAUGAUUCUAUACCAAAAAAUCUACAACCACAACUAUAUUGUGCACCAGUGACUAACGUUGAAGACGUGUUUUGUUUUACAUGA